AUGCCUCCUAAACCACGUCAAACACUCGCUCGCCCCUCUCAACCACCCCGGCCUUCCACCAACCCCACCUCCUCCUACCCCUCUUCAGCCUCACCCGCUCCACCACAAGUUAAGCGUCGUAGAUGGUUUCACUCCAAACCAACCCUAAUCCUUCUCCUGCUCCUCCAACCCUCGAUCCUCCUAUUCGCAUUCAUCCUCCUAACCGAACCAUGUUUGAACCCUUCAUUCAAGCCUUCGUUGUGGGAUAAACGCAAUUAUCUCUCCCUACUCUCUACUCCUGGUGCUAUACCCCAGGGGGAAUGGAAGGCAAGGUUUCGUAAGGCCGGGCUGAGGGCUUUGUUCGGGAGUGGGGUCGUGCAAUGUUGGUUUGUUGCUAGGUUAAAUGGGUAUGUGCAACGGGCUAGUUUGGAACAUGAACGAAUCCUUACUGCUUUAAGACAGGGCGGAAAAGUAAAGACGGACGAAGGGAAUGUGAAGGGGAAGGGGGUGCAAGUAGGAUCUUUCAUCCGGCAGUUAGAAAGUGUAUCCCUAACACUUCUAGGUCUUCCAUUCAUAAUCGCAGCAUUUUACCUAGCGAUAGUUCUAGCUGGAGCACCAUUAUGGGAGGAUGCAAAGGCAACUUUGAUUGUUGCUACUCAACUAUCUCUUCUUAUCGGUCUUCCUUUGGUUCACGUUCUCGGUCUACCCGCUCUCGAAUCCGACCCACUCUCUUCCAACACCAACCCCACCGCACCCACCUCAAACACUAAAAAUGCGUCAACAAUCGCAACAGAACCAGCUGAAGCAGCCAAGUCCAACUUCUACUCAGUAACCUCUCCAACACCAGCAAGUUCGACAUCAAACACAUCCAUCCCCAACACAUCCAGAUACUGGAUUUCACUACUCACCCUCAAACCCAACCCGACUUUCCUUCUACCCCUCUACUACCCAUUCAUCUUUACUGUGAUAGGAACGAUAGCAAGCACGGCCGUAUUGGCUUUGGAUUGGCAAGUCAGUUAUCAAACCUUCCCUUACCCUCUCCUCGUAGGCAGUCUUUUAGGGUUGGCAAUCGGCAAUCUCUACACAAUUUGCAUCGUUCUGCUCGGCUAG